AUAGGAGGCGGAGGCGGCAGUCCGCAGUAAGCAGGCGAGCACCCAGCCAGCAGUGUCUUGUUGCCGAGGAGGAGAGAUGGAGGUGGCGGGGGCUCAGGCCCGCGCCGUUCCCCUCCUGCUCCGGCACCCCGCCUCUCUCCGGAGCCCCGUCUCCAUCUCCAUCUCCUGCGGCGGCUCCCGCCGAAACUUGGCGGCGGCGGCGGAGGGAGGAGAGAGCCGCAGCUACGAGAAGGUGCCCAUGGACACCCCUGGCGCGUACCGGAUGGUGGACCGGACCACCGGCCGCAGCGUCAUCGUGUGGGGCGGCACCGACGAAGGCGACGAGGCCAGCAUGCCGUCCCCGGCGGUGCUCUCAAGGACCACCGGCCGCCCCAACAAAGGUAAUGGGGGGAGUGCAGGUAUUGGGAAUUUUGGAAGGUUGAAGGCGCAGAAAAUAAAAUCUUUAGUUAGGAGAUCAGCUCACCUCAAGAGAGAGAGUCCUAAUCAUGCAAGCACAAACCAGUCUGAUGAAUCUUCUUUUGAUGACUCUGAUGAAGAGGGAAAUUAUUUUGGAAGAAAAAAGACCAUCUCAGACUCAGCACGCCGUUUAAAGCUGAACGGUAACUCCAGGGAUGAAAGGCCUCGAGGUGCACAUUCUCUGAAUUCUGUUUUGAGCCAGUACAGAGGUGGCGAUGAUCUGGAUUUCCCGGGUUCAGAGGCUACUUCUGGUUCCAAACGAUGGGGUGGCAUCACCGAUGUUACUUAUGGACAACAGAAUCGAAAGCAAAAAGGGCGUUUUGAUUUUCCUCAAAAAAAGGGGCCUUUAGACAGUGGAUUUUUCAGUCGCAGAUCUUUCAAGGAGAUUGGCUGCAGCGAUGACAUGCUAGGUGCAUUGAGAAAUUUCGAUUUCCCUCGUCCAUCGCAUAUUCAGGCUAUGGUGUAUGGUCCUAUCUUGGAGGGUAGGAGUUGCAUCAUUGCAGAUCAAAGUGGGUCUGGAAAGACAUUGGCAUACCUUUGCCCUAUAAUACAGAACUUAAGGAAGGAAGAAGUUCAGGGGCUCCACAACUCAUCCCCUAGGAACCCCCGAGUGAUAAUAUUGACCCCUACUGCUGAACUUGCUUCUCAGGUCCUGAACAAUUGCCGGUCAAUAUCAAAGCUUGGGGUUCCGUUUAGGUCUAUGGUUGCUACUGGAGGAUUUCGACAGAAGACACAGUUGGAAAGCCUUGAACAAGAGCUUGAUGUACUUAUAGCAACACCCGGUCGUUUCCUGUAUCUGCUUCAGGAAAGCUUUGUGCAAUUAACUAACCUCAGAUGUGUUGUGCUGGAUGAAGUAGACAUUUUAUUUGGUGAAGAAGGUUCUGAACAAGUGCUUCAUCAAUUGAUUACUGUUGCACCUGUGACCACACAAUAUCUUUUUGUCACUGCCACACUUCCUCUUGAUAUAUACAACAAGGUAGUUGAAACAUUCCCCGACUGUGAGGUAAUCAUGGGACCUGGUGUCCACCGAACAAGCUCUCGCCUUGAAGAGAUUCUUGUGGACUGCAGUGGAGAUGACAAUGAGGAAAAGAAUCCAGAAACGGCCUUUUCGAACAAGAAAUCAGCACUUGUAAAGAUUAUCGAGGAAUCGCCUGUUCGUAAAACAAUUAUUUUCUGCAACAAGAUUGAGACGUGCAGAAAGGUUGAGAAUGUGUUGAGGCGGCUGGACAGGAAGGCUUCACAAAUCAAAGUUCUUCCCUUCCAUGCUGCUUUGGACCAGGCCCAGCGCAUCGCAAACAUCAAAGAGUUCCUGAACAGACAAACAGCAGACUCAAUGUUUCUUGUGUGCACUGAUAGGGCGUCACGAGGCAUAGACUUUGCAAACGUGAACCACGUGGUGCUCUUCGACUACCCCCGCGACCCGAGUGAGUACGUGCGCCGGGUUGGCAGGACGGCCCGUGGCGCGUCGGGCAACGGCAAGGCGUUUGUGUUUGCGGUGGGCAAGCAGGUGUCCCUGGCCAGGAGGGUGAUGGAGAGAAACAUGAAGGGGCACCCUCUGCACGAUGUGCCAUGCGUGUAGAACCAGAGGGGAUCCAUGUCAGAGAAAAGAGCCAGAGGAAUCUGGAAGAGAACCUCUCCUUCCUGAAUCAUUACGGCUGAGCGUUUUGUACCUCUAGAAAUUAAUGGCACAAGUUUGCAAUGUGUAUUGCAGCUAGGAGUGUGACAGACAUCUCGGAUUUGUAGAACCAGUUAUGAUGUGCGCUAUUGUAUUGCUGCCUGAUCACGAUCAUUUGAAUAGCAGCAUUCAGCCA